AUUUUCUUUUUCUUUCCUUUUCGCUCCAAUUCCCCCAAUCCAAACAAAGCAUAAAAGAAAGAAGUUAUCAUGUUAGUUAAACACUGUCCAAAAAUAAGGUUAGUCAAAUUGGAAAAAUUCCAUGUUGGCGGCUUCUAUGUUAUCUCCACGAAGGAGAGUUGUUCAACAGUCAAUUUCCAUUACCAUUGCAUUCCUUCUCUCAUCUGGGUGUGUCCACGAACUCAAGAAGCUCAUCUCUUCAUUUCACCACUCAGACUUGAGCAGCAAAGGAAGUCCUGUUACUGAUAUAGUCUGUAAAUAUUGCGAAACUGUCAUUACAAGAGUAAGCAAUGUGGUCAAUGUGAAUCAAAUGGUUAGCUCGCUUGCUAGUGCACUGAGGGAAUUGAAGGACAAAAGGGAUGAUAUAAAGAGACGGGUUGUUCUUGCUGAGUUGAACGGGUUGACCAGCACGAGCCAAGUCCAAGGAUGGCUAGAAAGAGUAGAAGUUGUUGAAACUAAAGCAAGCUUGAUCAUAGAAAGCCUUGGGCAGAGAAAUGGAUGUUGCUUAGCACAUGUUUGUUCAAAAUACAAGCUGAGCAAGAAAGUUUCAAAAUUGCAGAGAGAAACUAAUGAACUUAUAGACAGAGGAUCUUUCGAUGCUGAUGUAGCAGAUAGGUUGUUUCCUGAAGCAGUUCAAGAGAUACCCAGUAGGCCUGCUGUUGGACUACGUCCGAUGUUAGAGAGGAUUCUGCAAUUUCUUUCCGAGGAUGAAGUUGGAAUAGUUGGAAUUUAUGGAAUGGGAGGCGUUGGGAAGACAACGCUCUUGAAGAUUAUUAACAAUGAAUUUCUUACCAAAUCACACCAUUAUGAUGUAGUCAUAUGGGUUGUGGUCUCAAGGGAUUUUGCUGCUAAUAAGAUUCAACAGGCUAUUGGCACCAGGUUAGGCUUGUCUUGGGAAGAAUGUGAAAGCCAAGAACAGCGAGCAUUAAAAAUACAUGGAGUUAUGAUAAAGAAAACAGUUCUCCUGUUAUUGGAUGAUGUUUGGGAAGGAAUUGAUCUUCAGAAGAUUGGAAUUCCUCUUCCACAAAAGGAAAACAAAAGCAAGGUGAUAUUUACAGCACGCUCACUGGAUGUCUGCAGCGACAUGGAUGCUCACCGAAAGCUGAAAGUGGAAUUCUUGGGAGAGGAAGACUCAUGGAAACUAUUCUGUGACAAGGUUGGAGGAAGAGAGAUUUUGGAGCUGAAACCUAUUCGAUAUUAUGCUGAAACCAUUGUCAGAAAAUGUGGAGGACUACCACUUGCCUUAAUCACAAUUGGGAGAGCCAUGGCUAAUAAAGAGACUGAAGAAGAAUGGAAGCAUGCAAUAGAGGUACUAAGCAGAUCUCCAUCAGAGCUUAGAGGUAUGGAGUAUGUAUUUACUCUUUUAAAAUUCAGCUAUGACAAUUUGGAGACUGAGACAUUGAGGUCAUGCUUCUUAUACUGUUCUUUGUACCCUGAAGACUACUCUAUUGAUAAAGAGCAGCUUAUAGAAUAUUGGAUAGGGGAAGGAUUUAUAGACAGCUGUCAUGAGAGUAAUGUCCAUAACAAGGGCCACGCUAUAAUUGGAUCUCUGAAAGUUGCAUGCCUAUUAGAAACUGGUGAAGAAAAAACCCAAGUAAUGAUGCAUGAUGUUGUCAGAAGUUUUGCUUUGUGGGUAGCAACUGAAUGUGGAUGCAACAAGGGUUUAUUUCUAGUUGAGGCCAGUAUGGGGCUCACUGCAGCACCCAUAGCCGAAAAGUGGAAGGAAGCUCAAAGAAUUUCAUUGAUGGACAAUGGAAUCACUACUCUAGCAGAGUUACCUGAAUGCCCCAAUUUAAUAAGCUUGCUGCUCCAAUAUAACAGUGGCUUGAGCAGAAUUCCAAAUGCAUUUUUCCAAUUUAUGCCUAAUUUAAAAGUUCUAGAUUUGUCAUUAACCAGUCUUAGAGAGAUUCCUGCAUCUAUCAAUAGAUUGGUUGAGUUGCAACAUCUUGAUUUAUCAGGAACAAAGUUAACAGAAUUGCCUGAAGAGCUAGGACAUCUAGUGAAGUUGAAGCAUUUGGAUCUACAACGCACAAGUUCACUUAGGAAAAUCCCACAAAAGGCGGUAUCAGGCCUUCUUCAACUAAGAAUCCUAAACUUUUAUUACAGUUAUGGAGGUUGGGAAGAUCUCAAUUGUGGGGGUGUCAAUGAAGUUGGCAUUGCAGACUUGGAAUGCUUGAAGCACUUGACCACGCUCGGCAUAACUGUUAAAGAAUUGAUGACCCUGAAGAGGCUUGAUAAUUUCAGUAGCCUACUGAAAUGCAUACAGUAUUUGUACAUUAAAGAGUGUAAAGACUUGUUUUAUUUGCAAAUAUCAUCACAUUCCAAUUUUGGCCGAAGAUUGAGAAGGCUGAGCAUCAAUAACUGUUAUGACCUCAAGUACUUGCAAGUUGAUAAAGAGGCUGGAGACAAUUGGCUUCCUUCCUUGGAAGUUCUUGCUUUGCAUGGCCUUCCCAGCUUAACAGUAGUGUGGAAGAAUCCUGUGACUCCAGAAUGUCUGCAAAAUCUUCAAUCCGUAAAUAUAUGGCAUUGCAAUAUGUUGAAAAAUGUUUCAUGGGUUAUAAACCUUCCAAAGCUAGAAGCUAUUUACCUUAUGUACUGCAAAGAGAUUGAAGAAAUGGUCGGCAGUGAUCAAAUGGAAGAUUCAAAGGCAUUUCCAAGUCUAAAAGCACUUUCUAUACGAGACCUUCCUAAGCUGAAAAUUAUAACUCAGUGGGCAGUGGCUUUUCCUUCCCUGAAAAGUAUUGCUGUGAUCGAUUGCCCGAGGCUGAGGAAGCUACCGAUGAAAACUCGCAAGACCUUGACAUUACCAACAGUGUAUGGGAGCAAGGAAUGGUGGGAUGGACUUGAAUGGGAUGACUGCACCACUGGAUCUGCUCUCCUUCCAAAUUUUGUGUCAAUCUGAUGCAUGCAUAAAGGCGAUUUUUAAAGGUAUGUCUUGCUCUUUUGAUCAAUUCAUCACUUUCUUUUAAAGAAAAGAUUACUUUAACUCCCCUGGUAUUUGAUAUGCUGUUGAUUGAGUACAACUUUGUUAAUUUCUACUUAUUAUUCAUCCACUGUGGCUAUAAUCCUAAUGAAGAACAAAGCCACUCUGAAAGAAAAUUAACAAUAAUUUAACUAUACUGCAAUUGCCUUCUGGAAGACAGGCUUCCAACUCCAACUCAAGCAGCUCAAAGGGGAAGAAUUAUACAACAUCGCAUGAGUGCAUGUAAUACAAGUCUAAAAAUAAGAGAGAAAGGUUCUUUGUUCUUUCUCUGAAAUUCAAUGGCCAAUUUACAAAUAUUUUAGUGCAUAGACAUGUAAAGAGCAGAUGUUAUGACUUCAAGUAUACUAAGGAACACUUAGUCAUUAACUAGAGAUUUCACCAGGAAGCUCACAUUUGAGGAGGUACAGAACUGCAUUAACCUGUAUGUGACUGAGGAAUCUUAACUGUAAGUUGGAUUCAACUCUUCAUAAUGGUUUCUGUAACAGAGGUGACUCCAUGUUUUUGCUAGCUUUCUGGAAUGUACUUGUGUGUAUACCAGAAGCAAAAAUGGUAAAAGUAAGAAGUUUACUGCACCCUUAAUUCUUAAGAAAAGGCUGCUUACUGACAUGUAGCACGGCAAUGUCCAAUGAGCUUAUGUUCUUCCCAACCCCUUCUGAAUACUCAAAAAACACACCAAAACGCUGGAAGCAUCACCUAGAAUGUCAUGUUUGGUAUUUGGAUGGGAAAUAUUCUGGUUUGAAUUGGGUUCUUAAGUUGGAACAUUUACAGCUAUAUGACCACCAUAUUCACCAAGAAAAAAAAACUAAGGUAAAUAUAUAAUUAGACCUUUGACCUUUACACAACAAGUCGGUUGGUAAUCUAACCUUUUCGUCUUUAAUCUUUGACACAAGUAUAAUUAUUUAGCCAUUGUGCACGGAUAUGAGUUGCACAUACUCUAAUUUUUCAAGGGUUAAAAAGUUAUAUUGUAUAAAAUUUAAAGGUUCUUAAAUCCUUACGAAUGAUAGCCUUAUUUGAUUUUCUAAUGAUGAUUUAAAGGUAAAUUUGACAAAAAAAAAGUUUGGUAUUUUCAGCCUCCUGCUCUAUAACUAAGAGGCAAAUUUGGACUUAUAUUUCUCCAAAAACAUAUUUCACCUCUUUGAGGCAUCAGAUGCAUGUCCAUGAGCCAUAACUAAUUGCCCCAUUGCCUGAACCAAGAGAGACACUAAGUGAGAAGUUGAAUAAUAAUCAAAUAACGACAAAACCAACAGAAUCAUACUCAUAGAAGAAUUCCCUUUUCACUUAAUAUGAUAUUGACGAUGAAAGAGACUGUGACCAAUCCAGGAUUCAUGCAUGGCUCUGCUAAGUAGCAAUUACAUUAAUUUAAUCAGAUGUGAUUGCCUUAAAUCAAAGCAUCAAAUCUUUGACAAAAAGAAAACAAAAAAACAUAACUAUCCGCUGAAAAUGGAGAAUGUGGAAAAGGGUUGAUGUCAGUCUUUGCCAAAAAAAUUGUGAGCAAUUUCAAUGGUUCUUGGUACAGUUAAUUGUUUAAUUAACAUUAAAGCAUAUAUCCUUUGUGCCACUUUGUGCUUUGCUAAAAUCUUUGUGGGGAUUUAUUUAUAUAUUGUUGAUUUAAGAUUUGUCAAGCUUAGAGUGGUUCAUUAGCAUAAGUAGAAGAGAAUGUUUCUUUUCUGUUAUUCUUCUUUGGUUAUUUUACUUAAUAAAUACACCCAUUAUUGAAGAA